AAUAAUAAAUGUAGAGAGAAUUGGAAGAGAGAGAGAGAGAGUGGUAGUGGGGUCGGUAGGGAUGGCAUAAUUCUGUGAGACGGAAAGAAAGAAAGAAAGAAAGGAGAGAGUGAAAGCGAAAGGGUUUUCGCUUCUCCAAUCUCCAACCUUGGCCAAAGUUUUCCUUUGGAUUCGUCUUCCUUCAUCACACACACUUUUAGGGUUCCUUCUCUUCUUCCCAUUUGUCCGAUCAUCAUCACUCACUCACCAUCCACGAAGAUGAUAGACUUCGCUCGGGUGCAAAAGGAGCUCCAAGAAUGCACUAAAGACAUUGAGGCUUCUGGUAUUAGAGUCACCCCCAAAUCCGAUAGUCUUUCCCAUUUGCUCGGCACCAUUCCUGGUCCUAUCUCUACUCCGUACGAAGGUGGCAUUUUCCAAAUUGACAUUACAUUACCAGAUGGGUAUCCAUUUGAGCCUCCCAAAAUGCAGUUUGCUACAAAAGUCUGGCACCCUAAUAUUAGUAGUCAAAGUGGUGCAAUUUGCCUGGACAUUUUGAAGGAUCAGUGGAGCCCAGCACUUACGUUGAAGACAGCCCUGCUCUCUGUGCAGGCACUGCUGUCUGCUCCUCAGCCUGAUGAUCCUCAAGAUGCUGUCGUGGCACAACAGUAUCUUAGAGACUACCAGACUUUUGCUGGCACAGCUCGAUAUUGGACAGAAACUUUUGCCAAGACGUCAUCUCUUGGGGUGGAAGAAAAGGUUCAGAAACUCAUGGAGAUGGGAUUCCCCGAGGCUCAAGUAAGGAGCAGUUUGGAAGCUGUGGGUUGGGAUGAAAAUUUGGCUUUGGAAAAACUCUGCUCCGGCUAGAGUCUCACUCCUUUGCCACCCGCCGAACAUAGGAGUAUAUAUUGAUCCAAAGGGUCGUAUCUAUAGUAUAUAGCCCCUUUUUUUUUAAAAAAAAAAAAAAAAAAAAAAAAAUAAUUUGUGUUUGUAGGUGCUAUGUUCUCAUUUUUAAUGUGGAGGGUCUUCUUAACCUGCCCCCAUCAAUUCUCCCUAUCAUUUCUCUUCACUGAUAUGGCUUCAAAUUCUGGUCUUAUGCUGAGUUUUGAUUUGCAUCAAUUAUUUUAGUUCAUAAUUUAUUUUCUUAA